UACGACGGAGACUGCCAGGGCGUCUCGCUUUGCGGCCUGGGCGCCACAGCUGCCUCACUCCCAUUGUCUCCUUAGUGGUUUCCGCUUUUUCUUUUCCCUACUUCCGUUUUACGACGGAGGUUGGGACGGCGUCUCGCUUUGCGGCCCUGCUGGGAAACCAGGUGGAGGAGGAGGCGGAAGCGUAGAGUUCCUGCCGUUAGAAGGGGCCUUUGAUGUGGAGGAGAGCCUCCCUGAGAGGAUGAGGGCGGGAGGCUCCUCUGCUGCCGGCCUCGGUCCUCCUCCUCCUCCUCCUCGGUGACCCCAGCAGCAUGAGUGCGGGCUCUGAGUGCGAAACACCCCGGAAAAGACUUCGCCCGGGUCCCUUCCUGCCUCCUUCUCCCACCAAGAGCACCACAGGCAGAGACGCAGAGGAGGCAGGAGAAGAAGGAGCAGGAGGAGAGCCGCCUCCCGCGAAGAGGAGAGACGCCCCGCCGACGGAGCAGAGGCACCAGCAGCCCAAGCCUCCUCCAACUCCUCUCCCUCGCCGCCCCUUCCAGGAGCAAGAGCCCAGAGGCCGCGGCCGAGGCAGCCCUGCAGCCACGGUGGGGAACAAAGUUUACAAACAAAGGAGGAUUACCUCUUGGAUGGAAAAUAAAGGACCCAAAACGAUGGAGUCAAAAAGCUUGCAAAGUAAAACUAGCUGCAUGGAAGCAGAUCUCAAAAUGACAUUUGUUAAGAAAGACAAUGUUUUUGAACACGAGGUGAAAAAGAAUGAAGAUGUUGAGCAGGGCUGUUCAGGAUUAUCUGCCUUGCCUCAGACUGGUGCCCUUCAUAAAUGGGAAGCUGAGGGCACUCAUAGAGAUCAUCCUUCAGAAGCAGAACAUAUGAAAAGCACCCAGGAUGGAGGCCAGUUGAAAAAUGCAAACAUGAACCAAAUGCACAAAACUGAUGGUCAAGCUCAUCAUGCUUGCAACGAAAAUCAGGAAAAGUACUCUCAUAGGAAGCUUUCAUCAGGUAGUCCUGUGAAGGUGACAGAUAUGAAACCGCCUUCAAAAGGGUGCAAUACAGAAAAGCAAGUGACUUUGCAAAAUCCACAGUCAUUUAAGAACUGCAACUCAGAGCAUGUGUCCUGUAUAAAUGUUGAACCAGGUGAGGUAGAUGUGGUUCCUGAGAGCCCGCUUUCAGAUGCAGGCUAUGAUGCAUGUUCAUCUGAUUUGUAUGUUUCUCAGAACAGAAAUCAAGCAUUCUUAGGACAGUCUCCUUCUUUUGAUAAAGAGAGUGAACCUGAGUCACCAAUGGAUGUAGAUAAUUCCAAAAACAGUUGUCAGGGCUCAGAGGCUGAUGAAGAAAGCAGUCCACUUCUUGAGGACCAAGACGAUAUUGAUGUGUCAAAAACACCUAGCAAAUCUUCACGAUUUCAAAGAGCAGAUGCUGACUUGGAUUCUAGAAAGUCACACUUUGCUUCCCAAAGAGGUGAAGGUGCUCGAUUUAGCCUCCACUUGGAAGGGACUGAUCAUCCCCUGAAACAGGAAGAAACACACACUGAGUCAUCUGGGGUUCCUCCUGUUGUGUCAUUAGAAUGCAAAGGUGCCAAACAUUGUGGGAAGAAGGAGUCUAAAAUUACUGCCCAUUUCAUCAGGGUUCCAAGGGCAGAGGAGAAAAGGAAUGAACAAAGUGAAUUAAAGCCCAAUCGACCGGGAAGGAAGAUCCCUAAGUACACACUUCCUCCACUUCCAACUAAUAAAAAAUGGUUUGGGACACCUAUUGAAGAGAUGAGAAGAAUGCCAAUGUGUGGGACUCGUCUUCCUCAUUUGAGGCCCUCUGCCAAUCAUACAGUAACAAUCCGAGUAGAUCUUCUGAAGGAAGGAGAAGUGCCUAAACCUUUCCCAACUCAUUAUAAAGAUACAUGGGACAAUAAACAUGUCAAAAUGCCUUGUUCAGAACAAAAUUUAUACCCUAUAGAAGAUGAGAAUGGUGACAGGACUGCUGGGAGCCGAUGGGAAUUAAUCCAGACUUCUUUGCUUAAGAAAUUCACCAGUUCCCGUGAUUUGAAGGAGGCUGUUCUCAGAUACAAUGUUGCAUAUGCCAAGAAAUGGGACUUCACAGCCCUUACUGACUUCUGCGAUAAGGUGCUUGAGGAUGCAGAGGCUCAGCAUCUGUUUCAGUCCAUUUUGCCUGAUAUGGUGAAGCUUGCACUCUGUCUGCCUAGCAUCUGCACUCAGCCAAUACCUCUACUAAAACAAAAAAUGAACCACUCCAUCACAAUGUCACAGGAACAGACUGCUAGUUUGCUAGCAAAUGCCUUCUUCUGCACUUUUCCGCGGCGAAAUGCCAAGAUGAAAUCAGAAUAUUCAAGCUAUCCAGAUAUUAACUUCAACAGGUUGUUUGAAGGACGUUCACCUAGGAAGCCUGAAAAACUGAAAACCCUUUUCUGCUACUUCAGAAAAGUCACAGAAAAAAAACCCACCGGACUGGUGACAUUUACAAGGCAGUGUCUACAGGAAUUUCCUGAUUGGGAAAGAUCUCAGAAAAAAAUGUCAAGGUUGCAUGUCACAUACGAAGGUACUAUUGAGAACAAUGGGCAUGGGAUGUUACAGGUUGAUUUUGCUAAUCGCUUUGUUGGAGGUGGUGUCACUGGUGCAGGACUGGUACAAGAAGAAAUUCGCUUCUUAAUCAACCCAGAACUGAUUGUAUCUCGUCUCAUUACUGAAGUGCUGGAUCAUAAUGAGUGUCUAAUAAUCACAGGUGCAGAGCAAUACAGUGAAUAUACUGGCUAUGCAGAAACGUAUCGGUGGGCCAGGAGCCAUGAAGAUGAAACACCCAGGGAUGAAUGGCAGAGGCGUUGCACUGAAAUUGUGGCUAUAGAUGCAUUUCAUUUCAGACGUUUCCUUGAUCAGUUUGCUCCUGAGAAAAUUAGAAGAGAGCUCAACAAGGCUUAUUGUGGUUUCGCUCGACCUGGUGUCCCAUCACAUCACCUUUCAGCAAUAGCUACAGGAAACUGGGGAUGUGGUGCCUUUGGAGGUGAUUCAAGAUUAAAAGCCUUAAUACAAAUCAUGGCAGCUGCAGAAGCUGGACGAGAUGUUGUUUAUUUUACCUUUGGAGAUGCUGAACUCAUGAGAGACAUUUACAGCAUGCACACUUUCCUAAUCGAGAAAGAACAAACUGUUGGGGACAUUUACAAACUACUACUAAGAUAUUACAAUGAAGAAUGCAGAUGUUGCUCUACUCCAAGACCAGAAACCAGACUCUAUCCUUUCAUAUACAGUACAGUAGAAUCAUAUGUAGACUCCACCGAUGAUGAUAGAGGAUUAUGUUUUGAUGACUAGAAUGAUAAUGUGCAGAGUAAAUAUUCUAUUCCUUCUCCAUGUAGCAUAUCUAUGGAUGUAACAUAUGAUCUAGCUUAAUUUAAUAUCUAUCUAUGUAUAUAUAAAAAUUGCAAUUGUUUUAUGUUAUCUGCCAACCUUAAAAAGGUUUUCUUUCCAGUGUACAAUGUAACUGAAAACCUGUUUCAGAAUAAAAUAUUUGGUGAACAUAUAUUCCCAACCGCACUCCAGAUUCAGGGUUGAUCACACUUUGACCUGUGUUCUUUAUGGACUUAUUUUAAAAUAGCAGAUUUAUACAUACCAGGUUUUCUUUCAAGUUUUAUAAAAGUGAUCAUAUGGAAGAAGGGAGAUUGAGAGAGAGAUUUCAUUUAUAGGCCACUGCAUCAAGGCCCUCAUGGCAUUUAUGAGGCUGAUGUGUGGCAGGGGUGAGGGAAAGUCUGUUAAUUAACAGUUGUAUUGGGUAUGCAAUUCUUUCUCCUCUUAAGGUUGCUGUGUGCCUCUUUAGACUUUUACAGUUUUACAUUUCCAAACUACACACCCCACCACACACAUAACAUAAAAUUGACAACGAAGCCUUAGAAAUAGUGAGAAGAGAAUCUAGCGCAAGUCUUUUUUUAUGUGGUCACAGUAGAAAGCAUGAACAGCAAAAGGAAGGUGUAUGGUAAAUCUGGGCUACAGAAAGGGCCAAAAUCAAAAGUAAGAGUAGCUUUUUUAUAUUAUGUCUUACAUUUUAAAUCAUAUAGCAAGUAACAUAUAUUUAUGAAACGGUUAAACAGCUUUUUAAAAAGAUUUUAAAACUCUACAGGGUUCUGUCCAGUUCGAUGAUAUUACUGGGAUACAGCUGGAGAUAUAUAUCUAUCUAUAUGUUAUUUCAUGUUCAAUGAAACCUAGCAUAUUAUACCUGGGUUUCAUUAAUGUAAAGUCCAUAUAAAGCAUGCUUUGUUAAGUAUGGACAGUGUCAGGAAAGCUAGGAUAUGAUCAGUUCUCGAGACUUAGGGCCCAAUCAAGGGAAAACUUCACCCCUGAAACAAGUGGGAAUUGUGGAAGCUACAGUCACGUUUUCUCACAGCACCCUCUUGUUUAGAAGGACAUCAGAAAAGAAGGUACUAAAUUAUUUCCUUUGUGGGAAGGUGCGUAGAGAAAAUGAGGCAAAUGGAAAUAGAUGCUAUUUGUUGCUUGCCAUGGAGAUGUAACACAAACUUUACUGUAACCAGUUCCAGAGUGGUCAGAAGAAAAGAUUCAAGCAGGAAACUGUGCUGCUUAAUGCUGAACGCAGCAAGCUGUUGUAUGGACUUCUCCCGCUUUAAAACAAAGUAGCUUAGGGUGAAUAGGUUAAUAAGGGCUGUAUGGUUUCAGCAGCUGCCUAAUGAAAGAGAAAAACUAAACUGUCCAAGAUGCUGUACCAAAGCCAAAAGGGAUAAUUCCAGAUCAAUUCAAUAUUUCCCCUUUGUCAUAAUUUAUUUUGCAACUUCUCAGUAUCUUCUUUCUCAGCUGUGUAAUGUGCUCUCUCUUUUUAGUGAGAGAGAACUUCCUGGUGCUGCAGUCUGAAAACUGAAAGAACUGAUGGGCCAGUUAGCCAUUACAUGGGGAAGUGCCAUUGCAGUGACUGAUAUAGUAGACUGCUGUUCUGUCCUGACCAAUCUCUGUCUUAAAAUUCCUCAGUGACAAAACAUGCAGUUAGAGUCAGCUAUGACUUUAUAAUAAUAAUAAUUUAUAAAAAGUUGAAGUAUUCUUUAAACUUACAGGUUGUGCAUCUGUUGUAUUUUUAGACUGGGACAGUGAAGAAACACUAUGAUUGUGUGUACAUUAUUAUUUUUAUUUUUUGUAAUAGAAAAAUAAAUAAAACCAAUGAACAUUUUUCUCCA